AUGAAUCCUAACCAACCGGGCCGGAACUACAGGAACGAUGCCCUGGCCAAUCCCAAAGGCAAGAACCCUUACAUGAGCAGCCGCAUGGGCUACUACCAUAACGGGCACUGGUACGCGCCGGAGGAAUGCCACAUCCCGUGGUGCACGACACCGGCAAUCCCGUUCUACGAGUUCUGCCGGCUGCACAAGUGCGAGUGGGAGGGGUGCCAGUCGCUCAAGUAUCGAUACGACACGCCGCGAGAGGGCAUCUGCCGCUACCGGUUCUGCAUCCAGCACAACUGCCGGUUCAACGGCGAGCCGGUCGUCGCUUACUCUGGGCCGGACCGCGGGCCGUGGCAGUGCGUGGACGCCGUGCGGAGGUCAGACCGGAAGUUCUGCGGCGUCCAUGACCACUGUAUCGUCAACUUCCCUGUCCAGUGUACACGGCACAUCCUGCGCAUUGGGGACGUCUACAGAGAAUAUUGUCCUGCCCAUGACCCGACACCGAGGCCUGCCGGGUCGGGAGCUCCCUAG